GUCGGACGCCCCCAUCUACUACGCUACUUAAAGUCUUAAUGGAGAUUGAAACCGGCAGGGAUUAUGCAUCUCUGCCACCCCCAGAUGUGGACACCCUGACCAAAGUUCAACAAGUCUAUCAUUGAACGCCGCUCACACCCCCGAUCAAUUGAGAAAAAGCCACAUCCCAAAGCUGCCACUUUGCAACAGACAAUCUUGACAGCUUUCAGGCCCUGGGACUUUUCCAACACCCAGAUUUCCUUCCAGGUCCCUGGUUGACCAGCUAUCUCCUAGACAGCCUUUUGUUGCACCUCUCCCAACGAGUCCCUCCGAAAUCCUCCACUCUUCUGACGACUUUCAACGUGUUCAUCUCCAUCCCUCCAUACAUCUUCCCUCGCCUCACGCGACCAUGAGGAUCAUGGUUCGCCACACUCCUUUUCUCCUCUUUCUCCUCUCCUCCCUAGCCACCAGUCACUCGACAAACUCACAGCCUCGAGACGUGUCAGUAGACAAGUUUAUCCAGAAUACCAGACAUCUGAAGGAUUCCCUGCCCCUGGCAGUAGUGGGCGGAAAGUCAGCUCCAAUUGGAACUGAGCAUGCUCCUGUGGAUGGCAGGGAUGGCAUGCCUCAUGAUGGCCCCUUUGUAGAGACUGGUGCGGAGCGAUCAAGAAAGAAGCAACUUUCCGACGACACCGAGACUGUGCCAGAGAAACCCAUCAAGAAAGAGCAAUACUCAAAAGGAGAUAUCCCCCAAUCCAACGAUGCAGUAAUGGACGAUCGACAUAGUUCCAAGCCUGCUGAAGGAACAAGAGGCACAGAGGGCGGCAUCUCUGGAAAAGGCAAACCAGGAUUUCUUUCCGAUAAGAAGCCCGAUCCUCCAAAGGAUGCGCGUCCACAUAGUCAAGAGCAAGAGGAGGUCAAAAUACCAACUGCUGAAGAUCCUAAGAGCAUCUUAAAGACCCCCGCUGAUCUGCCCGAGAAACCACACGAUAUUCCUCACCCUCAGAAUCCAUCCUCGCCCAAAGAUAAUGCUCUCCUCCAAGACCCAGACUCUGGAAAAGCAUCCAAGCACGACGAACAUGAGCCAGCUGUUAUUCAGCCGCUUCAUUCCUUACUACUCUCCUUCACUAUGAUUCUCUUCUCCGAGAUUGGCGACAAGACUUUCCUCGUUGCAGCCUUGAUGGCGAUGCGACAUCCCCGCUUGGUCGUCUUCACGGCAGCCUUUUCGGCCCUCGUCGCCAUGACCGUCCUCUCGGCCGUCCUGGGUCACGCUGUCCCAACUUUGAUCCCCAAAACAGUGACCAACUUCGCUGCAGCCGGUCUCUUCUUGGUCUUUGGUGUCAAAAUGCUGAUCGAAGCACGUGGCAUCAGUCCCGACGAGGGUGUCAGUGAGGAGAUGAAAGAAGUCGAAAUGGAAUUGGAAGAGAAAGAGCAAGAACAAAGACGACAUGCCCGCAGGCGCUCAUCCAACAUCUCGCCGUAUGCUCUGGAAGCCGGCCGCGGUGGUACUGGAAGGAAACAUACUAAUAGUCGUCUCCCUUCUCCCCCUGAAAGCCCAGCUAGUUCCCGGGAAUCUUCGCCGUCGAGGCAAUCUUCUCUCCGCAACUUUGCAACUGGUGUCAACAACCUGUUUUCGCUCCUAUUGAGCCCUGCGUGGGUACAGACCUUCAUCAUGACUUUCUUGGGUGAAUGGGGUGAUCGAUCUCAAAUUGCCACCAUUGCCAUGGCAGCAGGACAGGACUAUUGGUGGGUUACUGCUGGCGCAUUGGGCGGACAUUGUAUUUGUACCGGCGUGGCGGUCCUAGGAGGCAAGGCGAUUGCUGGUAAAGUGAGCCUUCGAACUGUAACUAUGGGCGGUGCGAUUGCGUUUCUGGUCUUUGGCGUCAUCUACUUGCUAGAAGCCGUGUAUUAGCAAAGGGCCUCGUCACACUUCAUUAUUGUUCCAACAACUCGGUUUCCUCUACAUAUACAACUGCCCAGCUUCCAUUUCCUUGAAUUCUCCACGGGACAGCAAUGAUCGCCGCUUCGACCGAUCCCAGCCUCGAGAGCCACGACCCUUAUUUUCAAUGAAGUUUUCAAAAGGUUGCAGGGCAAGCCGCGAACCUCUCCCUUGCGCGCCGGAGGGAAUAAAUACUUAUACAUUCUAUUCACCUUCGACUUCCCUUCCUAUCGAGAAGGAAACGGCAGGACUGAUGAGAAUAACACACACCUGGCUUCAUUAUACGACGUCAUGUCUGCGCAGCAAGCGAAGCCCACGACACUUACUCUGGAAGAGUUAGAUCUGAUGAUCCCGUAUCGGUCGCAUCAGUGGCCGCUCAAUCCCUCCCUAAACAUGUGUUGACUUGAGGAAACGUGAGUCUGGUGAUAUCCACGCCAGGUGGACGGACAAAGGCAUUAUUGUACGGUUGGAACGGAAGACAUGGUUGUUUGAAAAAGGAUUGCUCGGCGUACAGAUGGAUUGGUCAAGCUGUUUCGAAGAUGCAAGCCUGGUUUGUCAGUUGUAUUACUAUACACAGUCUGUACAUGUGGAGAUAGGUUUUUGGGACACCAGCAGCCCAAUGGCGCGGACAAGGAGUGAUAACAAUAUAUGGAUUGUAUGCGAUGGACUGGCGGAUAGCUGGCUGGCUGGCAGGAUGGUUAAAACGGAUAGUGACUGGUAUGGCCACAGGCGUAGAGCGACAGAAGAGGCAAAUAUAAAUGGAAAGGACAUGGAGAAUCUUCUUGAGCCCAUGGAGAUAGCGCAUACACGCACGUGUGAUAUAACGUGCCUUGGACAUA